AUGGGUUACCCAAAAGCCUUUACGAGUUCAGAUAGUGAACCGGAACCCGACCUGUCACGGGAUCUGGGUAACCCUGUGAUGGGUAACCCGGGGGUUGUGUCGAGGUCUAGCUCCACAGUAGCCCAACACUCUGUGCGCAAUAAUCCUACUGGGCCAGAUGGCAGAUUAGCAGGUUUGUGGAAUGCAAGGGCACUGUUGCGAUUUCCCGCAGAGGUAAACGGCGUUAGGUUGGAUUUUAAAUCUGUCUCCUCAAGAAGACCAACGAGUCGAUUAUCUCUUUUGCCCUAUUCUCUUUGUAGUAUCUGCCCAUCUUCUCAGGCAACAAUGACGUCCAAAGACCAUGUCAAAUCCCAGAUCCCCCGCCUCUCUGCCAUCAACGACCUCCACAAAAUCUGGCCAACUGUCGAGGAACAUGGAGCUGCAAUCAUCGAAUCAUUCCUGUCUUUGGACAUCGUGCGGCGCCUAAACGAAGAGGUAGACCCUUUCGUGAAAAUCGAACCGAUUCCAGCCGCCAAAACCAAAGACCAUCCUAACCAUGUCCUAUCGACUACAACCCGGCUUGUGAACGUCCUCGCUCCAAUCUCAAAAGCAUACAGGGAGGAUGUGUUGAACAGUAAAGUCCUGCACCGAAUCUGCAGUGACGCAUUCCAUGUAUAUGGCGAUUAUUGGGUUCUGAUGGGCGCCGUGAUGGAACUGGCGCCGAGUAAUCCCGCCCAACCUCUCCAUCGCGACAUGCGCUUCAGUCACCCUAUAGUCGAGUACCUCAAGCCUGAUGCGCCUGCCACUUCAAUCAAUUUUCUCGUGGCUCUGAGCCCCUUCACAGCGGAGAAUGGCGCCACCCAUGUAAUUCUGGGAAGUCACAAGUGGCAGAACUUAUCGAAUGUGUCAAUGGACGCGACGGUUCGCGCACUGAUGAAUCCUGGAGAUGCACUGCUCAUUACUGACAGUACCAUCCACUGUGGGGGUGCUGAGACCACGGGCACUGAGACUCGUCGCCUUCUUACCAUCACAAUGGGUAUCAGCCAGCUCACUCCGCUCGAGAGCAACUUGGCCGUACCGCGUCCCGUGAUAGAGAGUUUGACGCCACUCGCUCAGAGACUCCUUGGCUGGGCAAGUCAGCGAUCAGCGGCACCUCGCGAUAUUGGGCUGUUGACUAUUCGUGGAAACUCAAUUGAGAAGACAAUGAACCUAAAGGCGGAGCAGCCGCUCCACGAUGAUGAGGCUGAACCUCUAUGUAGGGAGACGAUAUGA